AUGAAGGCUAGGAAAUGGGUUCCUGAUAGGGUUCUCAUAGCUUUACUUAUUCUUCUUCUUCUUCUUUCACUAUGUGUUUCAUCUUCUCAUCAAAACACAGACCACAAAACAGUCUCAUCAGAAUUCAGUGUCACGAAAAGGGUUGAGACUAACGAUCAUGAUGCUAAAGUUUUUUACAAACACACCUGGCCGGGGAUGAAAUUUGGGUGGAAAAUAAUUGUGGGAAGCAUAAUUGGAUUUCUAGGAUCAGCGUUUGGAACAGUGGGAGGUGUUGGUGGGGGUGGCAUUUUUGUACCCAUGCUUACCCUAAUUGUUGGAUUCGAUGCAAAAUCAGCAACAGCAAUAUCAAAAUGCAUGAUAACGGGUGGAGCAGGAGCAACUGUUCUAUACAAUUUGAAGCAAAGGCACCCAACUCUUGACAUGCCUGUGAUUGACUAUGACCUAGCACUUCUUUUUCAACCAAUGUUGAUGCUUGGAAUCAGUAUUGGGGUUGCUUUCAAUGUGAUUUUUCCUGAAUGGCUGAUAACAGCUUUGUUAAUUGUAGUUUUCAUAGGCCUUUCAGUCAAUGCAUUCUUUAAGGGUGUCCAAACAUGGAAAAAAGAAACCAUUACUAAGAAGGAAGCUAGGCAGAAUGUAAGGUUAAAUGAUACUGAAAGAACUGGUAAUGCUGCUCAUCCUCAAGCAGAAGAGAUGAUCAAUGAAAGUCAUGCAAAUACCAACCAAUUGAGAAAAAAAGUUUCUGUUAUUGAAAAUAUUUAUUGGAAGGAACUUGGAAUUCUUGUGUCUGUGUGGAUCUUGAUACUUGCACUACAAAUAGGAAAGGUACACACUAGUGUAAUAAAUGUUAGAACCAAUAGGAAGCAGCAAGAUAUUAUAUAUAGUGGUGGUUAUUCUGGUAUCAUUGAUGAUAUUCAGGUCCCUAUCACUGUGGGAACAACUUUAUACGAGGCCGUGCUUCUAUACAGAGGGCAGAGAGUGAUAGCAUCAAAGGGUGAUGAAGACACGCGUCUGCAUGUGGGGCAGUUAAUUGCUUAUUGUACGUGUGGCGUUGUUGCUGGCAUAAUUGGAGGCUUGCUUGGUCUUGGUGGAGGAUUCAUCUUGGGGCCACUUUUCAUUGGACUAGGAAUUCCUCCUCAGGUCUCAAGUGCUACAUCCACUUUUGCAAUGACGUUUUCUGCAUCCAUGUCUGUGGUCGAAUAUUACCUUCUCAAACGUUUCCCUGUUCCUUAUGCACUUUACUUUGUAGCAGUAGCCACUGCUGCUGCACUGGUUGGACAGCAUUUGGUGAGAAAGGUUAUUGCUAUACUGGGAAGAACUUCUCUUAUCAUUUUCAUCCUUGCACUCACUGUUUUUGUGAGUGGAAUAUCACUAGGCAAGUGGAGUAGGCAUAGCAAACCUGAUUAA